AGAGAGAACCACAAACGUUCCAACUCCUGAAUCUGGGUAAGCAGCUGGUGGCUCAAGCUCUUUUUGAAGUUCGAACUAGUGAAGCAACGAAUAGUGAUUCAAAGCUGGGCUACUCUUUUGUAUCCUGAUCGCUAACGGGAAUACUUAUAACCUACGAUUCUGCGAUAAAAUUAAGAUGCCUUAUUUGCAGAAAUCACCCACAGUCUGUAAAUGAAAACCUGCCCGAGGUCCCUCUGCCUUCAUUCAAAGCCUCACCAAUCAAAUUACCCACCAGGAUGUCGAUGCAAAUGGGGGACAGCAGCGACAUGCUCCACGGAUCGAGCUCGAGCGGCGUGUUGGGUAGAUUCAAGAACAGUUCCCUUCUGGUAAAAAUCCUUCUGAUAGUCAACAUUGCCUUGGUCAUUGCCAUCAUAGGCUUCAUUGUUGGUGUUGCCACUUUACGGUCAAAAAUCAUUGACGAACUCCAGCAAAUCAUCGACCUAGAGGAGGAAUUGAGGGAAUGUGAAGCACACAAGACAACGACUCCGCCUUUCACGACACUUCCUUAUAGCACGACCACUAAAAUCUCUACAAAUUCCACGACGGAAGCGCCUACAUCUGCAAUUACUUCAAAUUCCACGACGGAAGGGUCUACAUCUGAAAUGACCUCAGAUUCCCCGACGGAAGCGUCUACAUCUGAAAUGACCUCACAUUCCCCGACGGAAGCGUCUACAUCUGAAAUGACCUCACAUUCCCCGACGGAAGCGUCUACAUCUGAAAUGACCUCACAUUCCCCGACGGAAGCGUCUACAUCUGAUAUGACCUCACAUUCCCCGACGGAAGCGUCUACAUCUGAAAUGACCUCACAUUCCCCGACGGAAGCGUCUACAUCUGAAACGACCUCACAUUCCCCGACGGAAGCGUCUACAUCUGAAACGACCUCACAUUCCCCGACGGAAGCGUCUACAUCUGAAACGACCUCCACAUUCCCCGACGGAAGCUUCUACAUCUGAAACGACCUCACAUUCCCCGACGGAAGCUUCUACAUCUGAAACGACCUCACAUUCCCCGACGGAAGCGUCUACAUCUGAAACGACCUCACAUUCCCCGACGGAAGCGUCUACAUCUGAAACGACCUCACAUUCCCCGACGGAAGCUUCUACAUCUGAAACGACCUCACAUUCCCCGACGGAAGCGUCUACAUCUGAAACGACCUCACAUUCCCCGACGGAAGCGUCUACAUCUGAAACGACCUCACAUUUUCCGACGGAAGCGUCUACAUCUGAAACGACCUCACAUUCCCCGACGGAAGCGUCUACAUCUGAAACGACCUCACAUUCCCCGACGGAAGCGUCUACAUCUGAAACGACCUCACAUUCCCCGACGGAAGCGUCUACAUCUGAAACGACCUCACAUUCCCCGACGGAAGCGUCUACAUCUGAAACGACCUCACAUUCCCCGACGGAAGCGUCUACAUCUGAAACGACCUCACAUUCCCCGACGGAAGUGUCUACAUCUGAAACGACCUCACAUUCCCCGACGGAAGCGUCUACAUCUGAAAUGACCUCACAUUCCCCGACGGAAGCGUCUACAUCUGAAAUGACCUCAGAUUCCCCGACGGAAGCGU